AUGUUCUCAGAGGCUGUAACCCCAGUGGCCCCAGUGGCCCCAGUGGCCCCAGUGGCCGUGGUCGGCCCGUCCAGCGGCUGUGGCUCGCACCGGCGAUGCACGAGUCUGGAGCCGAACGAGUGGUUGGCACCUGGUGAGUGGCUCACAAGCCCUUCUGAUCGGUACAUUGCCGUCUUGCAGGCCAAUUACCUCGAAGUCCUCGAGACAGCGAGCUUGAGAACGCGCUGGGUCACCCCAGCAAAAGCAGGAAUUCAUGCCGGUGACCUGACAGCGGCGCACGUGGCACGUGGUAGCUUGCAGCUGGAAACUGGUGCUGGUGGGGGUGGACCUUGGAUUGAGCAUCUCCCACAUCAAAGGAGCGUCAAAGUACGCUUCACGAUAACCGCCACGCGUGGUGGUGGUGAUGCGCGGAUGCCACAGGGCGUGCAGUUGUCCGAGUUCUUGCUAUGGCGUGCAGGCAAGCCAGUCCAGCCGACUGCGUCCAAUGUGAGCUGCGGUUCCGGAGUGGGGCCUUCUUACCAAGGACCGCGCAAUGCAGUGGAUGGAAAUCUCCGGACCAAAUGGUGGGUCUCAUCCGAGCCAAAUGUGACUCUUGCAAUGGACUUCUCGCAUCUUCCUCAUGAUGGGCCCUUCCUGUUUGGCUUCACCACUGGUGAUGACAUGCCUUCGCGUGAUCCUGUCCAGUGGCUCUUGGAGGCUUCACUAGAUGGAGUCUCUUGGGUGGAACUGCACCGCCAAGACACAAACUUUGCCACGCCGACAUCUCGGUUCGCGAUGACGCAGCUUUUCGACCUGACGCAGAAGUGGGCAGGGCUACUGAGCCCUCAUGGCGAGAGGAGGAGCGCUCCUUCCACAGCUGCAGCUUUGCCCGUGGCCAUGGUGCUGACAGACCUCGGUGCUCUAACUCUUAAGCAACGCAGCGCGUUCCACAGCCGCGAACCUGUUUCCAGUGAUUCACCCGGGAUGGCCAUUUGCUGA